UCGGGGCACUCGGCGCUCCCCGUCUCUCCGCUCGGCGCUCGCCCGCGGUGUCCGCUGCCCCCGCUGCUUCUCUCCCGGGCGACGACCUCCGGCGGCCACCCAGCCACCAUGUCUAUCCUCAAGAUCCACGCCAGAGAGAUCUUUGACUCUCGUGGGAACCCCACCGUGGAGGUUGACCUCAGCACGGCAAAAGGUCUCUUCAGAGCUGCUGUGCCCAGCGGCGCCUCCACUGGCAUCUAUGAGGCCCUUGAACUCCGUGACAACGACAAGACACGCUACCUGGGGAAAGGUGUCUCAAAGGCUGUUGAGCACAUCAAUAAAACUAUUGCGCCUGCCCUGAUUAGCAAGAAGCUGAACGUUGUGGAGCAGGAGAAGAUCGACAAGCUGAUGAUCGAGAUGGAUGGGACAGAAAACAAGUCUAAAUUUGGUGCCAACGCCAUUCUGGGAGUGUCCCUGGCUGUCUGCAAGGCUGGCGCUGUGGAGAAGGGGGUGCCCCUAUACCGCCACAUCGCGGACUUGGCUGGCAACUCCGAAGUCAUCCUGCCCGUUCCGGCCUUCAACGUCAUCAACGGCGGCUCUCACGCCGGCAACAAGCUGGCCAUGCAGGAGUUCAUGAUCCUCCCCGUGGGGGCCACAAACUUCAAGGAAGCCAUGCGCAUCGGAGCAGAAGUUUACCACAACCUGAAGAACGUCAUCAAGGAGAAAUACGGGAAAGAUGCCACCAACGUGGGGGAUGAAGGUGGCUUCGCGCCCAACAUCCUGGAGAAUAAAGAAGCUCUGGAGCUGCUGAAGAACGCCAUCGGCAAGGCCGGUUACACCGACAAGGUGGUCAUUGGCAUGGACGUGGCCGCCUCCGAGUUCUUCCGCUCGGGCAAGUACGACCUGGACUUCAAGUCACCUGACGACCCCAGCAGGUAUAUCUCACCUGACGAGCUGGGCAACCUGUACAAGUCCUUCAUCAAGGACUACCCAGUGGUGUCCAUCGAGGACCCCUUCGACCAGGACGACUGGGACGCCUGGCAGAAGUUCACAGCCACCUCGGGCAUCCAGGUGGUGGGCGAUGACCUCACGGUGACCAACCCAAAGCGCAUCUCCAAGGCUGUGGGCGAGAAGUCCUGCAACUGCCUCCUGCUCAAAGUGAACCAGAUCGGCUCCGUGACCGAGUCCCUGCAGGCGUGCAAGCUGGCGCAGUCCAACGGCUGGGGGGUCAUGGUGUCUCACCGCUCCGGGGAGACUGAGGACACCUUCAUCGCCGACCUGGUGGUGGGGCUCUGCACUGGGCAGAUCAAAACAGGUGCCCCGUGCCGGUCGGAGCGCCUGGCCAAGUACAACCAGAUCCUCAGAAUUGAAGAGGAGCUGGGCAGCAAGGCCAAGUUUGCCGGCAGGAACUUCAGAAACCCCCUGGCCAAGUAAGCCCCUGGCCUUGAGCGGAGCCCUCCGGGCACUAGCAGCUGCUUCGACCUUUGCUCCUGCUGCCGCCUAGUCCUGGCGGGGCCUCUAACUGCCCCCGCCUCUCCCACCCCUGUGACGUUCUCAUUGCUUCCUUAGAGCUGCUGCCCGGGCCCAGCUUGACCGUGGUAACCCUGUUGGCGCCCAGCUCGUAAUCAUGUGAUUGGCCCAAACCCCUGUUCUCCCACCAAGUGUUUGACGGGGCCAUGAGCUUCCACGUUGAAAUCUGAGAUGUCCCCAGGCGAGAUCCCUGGUGGUUUUGUGCAUAAUAAAAGAUCUCAGUGACCCAUAGGAAGACUGCGCGUGUGUGUGUGGACGA